AUGCCAGACUUAGUCGCUAAUAUCCCAAGGCGACGUGGCAAUCGCAAUAAACCAAAUGUUCAUUUCAUCAGGAUUUCACAUAUACGUACAAAUUGUGCAUGUGUUUGGCGUAUCAACGAGCCUCGAACAUUAUCAUCAUGUGUCUUUUUUGUAAUUUCAGAAGCUAAAUGGCGUCAGCAAGCACUUCCAGCAUAUCGUCCUCUGUUGACUGCACGCUGUGCGAUACCGAUCACAUUCGUGGUCGGUGCUGUGUUCAUAUGCAUUGGAGUGAUUCUAUAUCUUGCUGCAACAGCCAGUAAAGAAGUAGUUAUUGAUUACACGAAUUGUACGACCGUUAGUGAAUCGUUGAAUGCUUCCAGUUCAUUCAAAUCAAAGCAGUGUUUGUAUAAUAUCACUCUUGAAGAGUAUUUUGCUGGUUCGGUGAUGUUCCAGUACGGGUUGGACCGCUUCUAUCAAAAUUCGCGAAUGUACAUCAAAUCGCGUAAUGAUGUACAGUUGUUCGGCGAUGUGAACGCGACUAGUGACUGUGAACCGUUUGCGGUUCAGAAUGUCAACGGUCAUCUGCUAGCGAUUGUGCCUUGUGGCACCAUUGCAAACUCAAUGUUCAACGAUACUUUUGCACUCUAUUAUUUGCCACCGAAUGGCGAACAACGAGUGCUGGUUCCGUUCAGUAGCGAAAAUGUUAUAUGGGCCGGAGAACGGCAACGUAAGUUUAGGAAUCCACCGUUCGAUCCUGCGAAGAAUCAAACGCUAUGCGAUGCGUUUGUGGGAACAGUGAAACCACCAAAUUGGGCUCAUCCAAUUUGCGAACUUGGCAAAAACGAUCCGUUCGCGGAUCAAGAUCCAGGAAUUGGUGUUGGCUUAGAGAAUAUCGACUUUAUUGUAUGGAUGAAACCAGCCGCGCUACCAAAAUUUCGUAAGAACUACCGCACA